AUGCGCGGCCUUUGCCUUCUCCUUGCUGCUACCGCGCCCACCGCCGCGCUCGUCGUGCCUCUCGCCGGCUCUCGCACUCCCGCCGUCUCGCAUCGCGUGCCGACCCAGGCUGCGAUCUUCCUCUACGGCUACUUUGGGAAGGAGUGCUUCCAGAAACUUGCUCAGUUCGCGGUGCCGCUCGCGAUUCUGCUCAUCGCCAAAAAUUUGGAGGACUCUGUGUACCGUGAGACCCCUGACAAGUCCUCUGACCUCUCCUGA